AUGCUGGAAAAUAGCCCUCGAAAAUGGCACAAAGUUUUAUCCGAGGUGCUGUGGGCAUAUCGGAAUGCUAAGAACACUACUACUGGUUUUUCGCCCUUCCGAUUGACAUAUGGACAUGAUGCCCUGUUCCCAUUAGAGAUCAUGGCAUUGUACAAUGAGCUCGAUCAAGCAGAAGAUGAGCAAUGGACUCCUUUUGAAAAUAUUCGGGCAUACAAAGCAAAGGUGGCACAGUGGUAUAAUAAGAAAGUUAAAGGACGGUCAUUUGCGAUUGGUGACUUGGUUUUGAAAUAUGUUUUGCCAAUUGGGACAAAGGAUCAUCAAAAAGGAAAAUAG